UUUUGUAGAGAACAUGGUAAAUAUUUGAGAAGAAAGAACCGAAAGAAACGCCUAGAUCCAAAUACAUUUGAGAAGAUGCAACAUGAGGAAUUUGCUGAAUGGUUCAAGGAUCAUGUCAUGGAGUUGGAGAGGGAGAACGGUACUGGCAGCAUCGAUGAGGAUAUUAGAUGGUUAGCCCGUGGUCCACUUCAUGUUGCAACAAGACAUAGAGCAUUUAAUAUUCGUGGAUACAGAUUUAGACCGAAGCGUUAUGACAAGGUGACUCAAAAUAGUGGUGUUGUUCUGAUUGCAAAAACAUCAAGCUACACUUCUGCACGUGAUAAAAACCCUAUCCUCGGAGAUGUCAUGUACUUUGGAAGGAUAGUUGACAUAAUUGAGUUAGACUACUAUAGAAAAUUUUCAGUUGUGCUGUUUAAGUGUGAAUGGGUUGAUCCUACUGAAGGAAAAGGUGUGCAAAUAGAUAAGUAUGGUUGUAGACUUGUAAAUUUCUCGCAUCAAAUUCACACCGGUAAAAAGGGAAGUGAUGAACCUUUUGUGUUUGCCAAUCAAGUCGACCAAGUAUUCUACAUGGAUGAUCAUCUUUAUCAAGGAUGGUCAAUUGCUUUGAAGAUAAAGCCUCGAGAUGAGUUCGAGUUGGGUGAAGAGUGGAACGAUGUGGAAACUGAACCUUAUCAAGUCAGCAAGUUCUUGGAGCUUUUUGAUAUUUCCCAUCAGAAACAAACUUGGAGGAGAAGAGAUAUAGAGGGAGAUACUGUAGAUGCUCCCAAAGUGUCACCAGAUGAAUCAGUUCCCGAUGAAACAGUGCCUCAAUGA